AUGGCCAGCUCGACAAAUUUCUAUCGCUCGCAGGCUGGCGGCUCCUCCAUCAUCAACUAUGGCUAUACAGACUUUCCCUGGAGGCUCUUUGUAAAGGAUCUCUAUUACUUUUUCGCUUACUCUUGGUCGAUUCCAUGGAUUCUUUGGCCUUUCUACGUUUCCGGCUCAAAUGGCUUCAAUGAGUUGUCGGCUACAUGGGGGAAUAUGUUCUGUGUCGCUCUGCAUGUCUUCCUCCUUGUUUUGCAAGGCGGAUUCCUCGUUUCUCUGCCGUUGUGCCUCAUUUUGCCUGUCUGGAUGGCAGUGGGCGGCAUCGGCGUAUUUGUUCUACUGAAUACCACGCUGUGCAGGCUGCUGAAUGGCAGCAACGCCACAUACAAAUCCGAGGCAAAAUAUGCACUGCCAAGGCCGGAACAUGCUCACGAGCAGUGGGUGUUUGUCAACGGGGUGUCUGUUGGUCGACACUGGCUCCAGGGGAAUUUGAAUCGGUUGGCCAUCACUUUCAAGCGCCCAAUACUUGGCAUCCACAACCCUACAAGUGGCAUCAUAUUUGACCUCAUAGAGUGUCUGGUUCAGCGGAACUUUUCCUAUGCGACGUCCGACGUCCGUAAUGUGUACAGGGUCCUCAAAGACGUGCUGUAUGACCCUGGAAAAUCCAAAGUAGUCCUCAUCCUCCAUUCCCAGGGAGGUAUAGAAGGCGGUCUGGUGAUAGAUUGGCUUCUGCAAGAGUUGCCGCAAGAUCUUCUCUCGAAGCUGGAGGUGUAUACAUUUGGGAACGCAGCUAACCACUUCAACAACCCUCACCGCCAUGUCAUUUCUCAGCAAUUGAUGCAAAGAUACCCCUAUCUCGCCGCCAACACCAUCGUCACUGAGACUAGUGCGACAUCUCCAAUAACGCCAAUCGAAGAACCGAGAAGACGGCCUCUGCAAUUGAGUACGGCCAUGUUGUCCUCUUCACGCACCGCAUUGACAGGUCAGGAUCGUGCCAUCUCGCAUGUGGAGCAUUAUGCUCACAUAAACGACUUCGUGGCUCUUUUGGGGGUUCUGCACUUCGUGACAAACACUAUGGGCUCUCCGCAGAUCCCUCGGUUCGUCGGUCGUCUUUUUGCCAGGUCAUCCGGAAAUGGUGGACACCUAUUUAACCAACACUACCUCGAAGGUAUGUUCCCGCUCGCCCAAGAUCCGAAAACCGGAGAGUUUGUUGGCGCCGAUGAACAAAACUCCUUCAUGGAUGAAGUUGUCGGCUUUAGCACAGAGAACGUGUCUAUGGAGGACUCCAGAGAAUCGCUUGAGGUCACCGUUGCCAGCACAUGGAGACUUUCGUCCAACUCGCCGGAGGUAGCCGUGGCAGUCCACGGAGUAGAUCCGGAAUUUGCAAAGAGGAAAGAAGAAAUCAAGGUCCGAGACUUGUGUCGGCUAUGGAGUUAUCGAAAUGGAAGGAGCCCUAAAGAAAGCCCGCCUCUGCUGUUUCUCGAAGGAGGCAUCCCUCGAAAUGCCACGCUAUAG